GCUCCUCUCUCUUCCUCUCGUUUCCUCCUCCGUCUUGCCACCUCUCUGGCCGUGGCUCCGUCGUGUCUCUUUCCCUGGACCUCUCUCCCUGACGUGGUGACCGUGUGUGCCGCUUUCUCGCCCUCCAAGAGCGUGCACAUUGCGCGUUGCCACAGCCCCCGGACCCCGUCCCGUCUCCACGUCUGUCUUCCCGGUGCUUCGCGGACGCUCCUCAUGCCGCCAGCCCGGCGCGCAGCGGACGCGCCGCCCGGCGCCUACGCCACCCAGGUGCCGGCGUUCGACGAGCGCCAGCACUGGCACCUCUCGCGCCCCGGCAGCCAGAGCGGCGAUCCCUCGGCGCCGCAGCUGGUGCGCUCGCGCGUGCAGGCGCUGCCCGCCGACGCCGAGAUGCGUGCGGCACCCUCGCAGCAGCAGACGGCUGGCCCGUCGCAGCCGGCACCGCCGCGCCUCCUUUACCAGAUCCGCCUCGAGCAGCAGCAGCAACAGCAGCAGCAGCAGCAGCAAGAACAACAGCAGCGGCAGCAGGAGCACGAGCGCAUGCAGCGCGACGAGCACCACGCCCGGCGCUACGAGCACGAGCUGCGGCAGCGCGACGAGGACCACCACGCCCGCCAGGCGUACGAGCACCAGCGCCGGCAGCACGAGGCGCCGCAGCAUGCGCCGCCGCGUCCGUACGGCAUGGUCGGCGCCGGCUCGCCCGAGGAGGCCUUUGGCGCAUCAGCUCCGCUCUUCCCCGUGCGCCGCGACAUGCACAGCAAGGCCGACACUCAGCACGGCGCUCCGCUGCAUGCCAGCUCGUCGCUGCCGCAGAUGCACCCUUCGCAGCAUGCGCAGGCCAUGCUCUCGCCCGCCGACGAGCGCCGCCUGCCGUCGCAGUUCGGACCGGCGGCGCGCGAGCGGCGCGUCCGCACGCUCAGCGGCGCAACGUCGAGCCGCCUGCCGGCCUCGCUCGACGACCCUCGCGGCGUCGUGCACGAGCGCCUGCGCAGUGCCGUCAGCGACGAGGCGCGCGAGGCGUCGUCUUCGCUCCACCACCACGCCGAACGCCCGCUUUCGCGUAGCGCCGACUCCGACUGGGAGCGGCGGUACGUGCCAGCAGGCGCAGGCGCAGAGGCCGUGCAUUCGCCCGCCGAGCACCACCCGAGCCGCCCGGCCAUGCCAAGCAUGCUGCGCGACGUGCGCCUCCUCGACGAGCGCCGCGAGCCGAUGCAGGGUCAUGCCGGCGAGCGCAGCGCGGCAAUGCACACCAGCAGCCCCGGCCGCAACGCCGGCGGCGGAGCACCAUACCCCGGGCCGCCGCCCGGCGGCUCUGCGCCCAUGUCCGCGCGGAGCAUCUCCAGCUCGUCGAUGGACCACACGUCGGCCGGCACGCCGCUCCACGGCUACGCUGACGAGUAUGGCACGUCAUCGGCACCCUUCACGCGCCCGCGUGCCCUCACGGCCGCCGAGAAGCGGCGCGGCAACAGCGCCGCCAGCCAGAGCCGCCGCAUGGCACACCUCAUGAGCGAGCAGCGCCGCCGCGAGCACAUCAACCAGGGCUUCGAGGAGCUGCGCAGCUGCGUGCCGACGUGCGGCGACGGCGUCGAGAGCAAGGCAACGAUCCUGCGCCGUGCCAUCGAGGUGAGCGUUGUGAAGGUCACUGCAUCUACCGUCGGCUCACACCUUGACAGUACAUUGGCAAUCUCGAGGAGCUCGUGCGCCGCCAGGGUGGCAACCCAAGCAGCGUGCCGAUGGUCAAGCGCGAGGCACACUCCGUGUCGCCACCCGUGCAGUCGCCGUCUCUGGCCGCCGCCCGCUCGGCUCCGCCGGCGCCGUACAUGAGCAUGGCGGGCGACGCCGAGAUGAGCGGCCCGUCGAGCAUGCACGACCAUUCGCCGGCCUCGCGCCAUUUGGCCUGGUCGCCCGAGUACGGCAGUGUCCGCGAGAUGCCGCGCAUGAGCGCCCAACACCGGCCCGCCGAGCACGGCGAGCGCCUCGAGCGUGGCGGCAGCGCACUGGGCCUCAGCCUGGCGCCGCAGCACUUCGCACGCAGCGGCGGCGCGGCGGCAUACCAGCCUCGCAAGCUCGACGAGAGCGCGUCCGACUCGGGCGACGAGACGGAGCGCCGCAGCAACGCCAAGCAAGACGCCUCGCCCACCUCGCCGUCGCACCGCUUCACGCACGGCGGCGCCCGCGACAUCAGCGUGCAGUCUCUCCUCGCCCAGCCGU